AUGGCGGAACGGCGUUUUGACAUUGUUUUAUACGGGGCUAGCGGCUUCACCGGGGCCUAUGUGCUGGAAGAGUUCGUUAAAUAUGACGAGUUUGGCAAGAUACGAUUUGCAGUGGCCGGAAGAAAUGAACAGAGAUUAAACAAAGUAAUUAAGAAGGUGGCGGAGUUGACAGGUAAGGAUUAGAGGAACUUGUACUAAAAGAUUUUACAACUUUUGGAAGUUUAAUUGAAUUUCGAGUGUUUUACAUUUGUAAACGAUAUCAAGAUUCAAAUAUUUAAUGUUCGAAAGUUAAAUCAAACUCUAAUUAUAAAGUUUAAAAAGGCAUUGAAGCUUCAAGUACUUUUAAACAUCAAUAUAAUACUAUAAUAUCAGACUAAAGCAAUGUGAUGUUUGUUUAGGAAAGGACUUGAACUCGUUGGACGUUAUCAUUGCCGACUCUUCCCGGCCAGAGAGUCUGGAUGAGAUGGCCAAGCAGACCAAGGUCAUCAUCAAUGUUGUUGGACCUUACAGACUGUAUGGUGAAGCUGUCGUGAAGGCUGCUGUUGAGAACGGCACUUCUCACAUAGACAUCAGUGGAGAACCAGCCUUCUUGGAGCGAAUGCAAUUGACAUACCAUGAGAAGGCCAAGGAGACCGGAGCCUAUGUGGUGGGAGCUUGUGGAUGGGAUUCUAUCCCUUGUGAUCUCGGAAUCAACUUCCUGAAGAACAACUUUAAUGGCACUUUGGCUUACGCCGAGACCUUUGCUCAGAUCAAGAGAGGAGAAGAUGUAGGGUUUAAAUGUUGUUUUAGACAUAAAACAUAUAAGAUUUUAAAAGUUAUAUUAUAUUGAAAGGAAUUAUAUCAUUUUAUAUGUUUUAGGGUUACGUAUUCAACGAUGGAACAUACCAGACAUUGAUCUUGGGACUGGAAAAUGCCAAAACCGACAAUUUAGGCGGAAUCAGAAGACAAUUAAUGACACAAAAGCUGGAGAAACCGAAAUACAGACCACCAAAGAGGUAUGUUAACUUACUUUGUUAGUAAAUGUAUGAAUUAAAACUUUAUUUUUGUUUUUUCAAAUAUAAUAUCUUAUGUAAAAGACUUCUAGUUAAAGAUAUUUUAACCUUUAGACCAGCUGUCUGGGGUGUACCAGAAAUUGGAGCUGCAGCAGUACCAUUCCUUGGUGCCGACAAAUCAGUUGUACAAAGGUCACAGUACUACGAUUCUACCGUGAAUGGACGACCAGCUGUGCCUAUUGAGACUUACUUUGCCGCACAAAACACCUUCUGGGCCUACAUGGGUAUCUUGUGGAUGACCUUGUUCAGCUAUGUGGUCAAGUUUGAUUUCACUCGCAAGUUGGCUCAACAGUACCCUUAUAUCUUCAGUUGUGGAAUGUUCAGUCCACAAGGACCAAGCAGGGAGCAAUGUAAACAGGUAAGUGGCUUUAUAUUGUCGUUGUUUUCGUGGUAGGACCAAUCUUUGAAAGCGAAGUUCUUCACAAAUUGUGAAGACGAGCAAUUUUUAUUAAUUUUGUAUAAAAACUAAUACAAUUUGCUGUCAUUAUUGAUAAACAAUAAUAUUUCAAACUUAAUGUUGGCUACGAAAUCACUUUUAAAGGCAACCUUCACUUACUGGUUUAUGGGAAGUGGAUGGUCAGCUACAUCAUCGCAAGACGAGAAGCCAUCAAAGACUGUCAUAGCGAGAUGUGAUGGUCCAGACUCUGGCUACAUUGGCACAGCUGGUUGUAUUCUAUCAGCCGCUUUCACCGUACUUAAGGACAAAGAUUCCAUGCCCGACAAGUAAGCCGAUUAUCAUAUUGUGAUAACAUUAUUAUAGGCUUAAUUUUACUGCUAUCGUGGUGGGAAACUUGGGUUUACAGCUAGUUGCAAUUUAAAAUCUUUGAGAUUCUUGAAGUUUAAUUUCCAAAUUUCAGCGGUGGUUGUUAUACGACGACUUCCGCCUUCACGAACACCUCCAUUUACGACCGGUUGGCUUCGUUCGGCCUCACCUUUAGAAUCCACGAGUAA